CAAGAGGCGUAAUCCUCCCUACUUAUUGUACUCUUUGUUUCAUUUGCAGGAUCGUUGCAUUCUGUCGCAGAUCGUCUUUCUUCGAAUAAGGCAAAGGAAUCGAAAGCUACCAUCCACAAUGUCGAAAGAGGCCCCACGUGAACCCGAGCAGCUCCGCAAACUGUUCAUCGGAGGUCUGAGCUUCGAAACCACGGAUGAGAGUUUGCGAGAACACUUCGAACAAUGGGGAUCUCUUACAGAUUGUGUGGUCAUGAGAGAUCCAGCCAACAAACGCUCUAGAGGUUUUGGGUUUGUCACCUACUCCGGUGUGAACGAGGUCGAUGCUGCCAUGGAAGCACGCCCCCAUAAGGUUGAUGGAAGGCUGGUAGAGCCCAAGAGGGCUGUUUCCAGAGAGGACUCUAGCCGUCCAGGCGCUCAUGUCACAGUGAAAAAGAUAUUUGUUGGAGGUAUCAAGGAAGACACUGAAGACUCCCACCUACGAGACUACUUUGAGCAAUUUGGCAAGAUUGAAGUAAUAGACAUUAUGACCGACCGCACCAGUGGCAAGAAGAGGGGCUUCGCCUUUGUCACGUUUGACGACCAUGAUGCAGUGGACAGGAUUGUCAUCCAGAAAUACCACACUUUGAACGGUCACAAUUGCGAAGUGAGGAAAGCAUUGUCCAGACAGGAGAUGCAGACAACAGGAGUGGGUAUGAGGGGUGGCCGCGGCGGUGGCGGCAACUAUGGCAGAGGUGGAGGAUAUGGAGGUAAUGAUUUUGACCGUGAUGGUGGAUACUUCGAUGGCCGUGGAGGCAGAGGGGGUGGAUACGGAGGAGGAGAUGGCGGUUACAACAAUGGUUAUGGGGGAGGUGACGGUGGUUAUGGUGGAGGCCCUGGUGGUUAUGGCGGCGGUAACCGCGGCUACGGCGGAGGGCAAGGUUAUGGUGGCGGACAGGGUGGCGGCUACGGUGGUGGAAAUGGCUAUAACGACUACAACAAUGGCAAUGGUGGAAACUUUGGCGGCGGUAAGUCCAUGGCUUCCCCACAAGAAGCAGCCCCAGUUGGUGGGAACUUUGGCGGCGGUGGUGGUGGUGGCGGCAACAACUACAAUGACUUUGGCAACUACAACAACCAGGCUUCCAACUACGGCCCAAUGAAGGGUAACAACUUUGGAGGCAGCGGUGGAGGUGGUGGGGGUAGCGGUGGUGGCAGCAGUGGUGGAAGCGGCGGUGGCGGCGGCAGGAGUAGCGGCCCAUAUGGAGGUGGAUAUGGAGGUAACUCUGGAGGUGGUGGUGGUGGCGGCGGCGGUGGAUAUGGCGGGGGCUCCGGUGGACGACGAUUCUAAAUGUUCACAAGGACUCAGUACUUAGGAGAGGAGAGCGAGACAAAUGACAGGGCAGCUGCAGGUUUACACCCUAGAUCUGCUCAGCCAAACAGUUGUGGCAGGUUACAGCUGCUACAAGAAGAGAUGUGUACAAUAGAGAAAUCAUGGAGGGGCUUCAUACAUUUCUGUACUGUCAAACAGGUUUCUUAUGUUUCUGGAAAGCAAGCAUUCCGAUGAGGUUUUAUGUAGAUUUUGCAUCUAUGGUUUUUAUUUGUGUAACUGCAACAAUCAAGUUGAAAUAAACCACCUUUCAGUUUUUUUAAACUGUCGUUCAGUCUUGUUAGCCUCUCUUUUAGGGGAUUGGGUGGGAGGGGGAGGUUCUCUUCUGGUUUGUUUUAAUGCAUUUGCUUGUAUACAAAUCAACACUUGAAUGAUGGAUGCUGUCAAUGGCCAUUCUUUUAGAAGAUAAGCACCACCUGUCAAUGGAGACUUUUUGCCUAGUCCAAUAUGCUUUAUUCCUUUCUUACACGAGACAUUAUUAGUCUGUUCCAAUGCACAUACUACAGAAUGUAGACAAUCUCAUAUCCCGGCACAUCAAUGGAAGGUUUGUGACAACGUAGUGUUACAAUAGCAUUGAAGUCCUUGAUGAACUCCAAUGGGUGAAGCUAUGGUAGUACAAAUACUCGGUCCACACAGAGAGCCCAUCUCUUUGAGAACUGCUCCAGAGACGUGAGUUGGAUGGCUAGAUCAGACCCGCCUGUCAGACAGUACAGCUGCCAGCAGAAGGCUAGCUUACAUGAUGCAGUCUUGAGGCUAGCCAGCCAUGGAAGCCAGCUGAGCUGAGGGAGAGACGUAGCAAACAAACCCAUCGCCUGGCAGGAAGGAGCAGUGUGAAGCAGGAGAGUGAGUAGCAAGAAGGCAUGUGAGACUAGCAGACAGCAGCUACCAAAGCACUUAGAUGCCGCCUGUAGGUAAGAAGACUUUUCCAACUACUGUCAGUUUGAAUAACAUGUUCUGUAGUUGGUAUGAGCAAACACUAGUUUUGUUGUAGAAAUUCAUAGUAUAGCAUUAAUGACCGUGUACAUUUUAUUUGGAUGUGCAGUGUUUUAUUAGAAACCAAUGCCCCCAUCUAAUAGAACGGUCUGGACCUUUUGCGUAACAUUGUCUUUACCAGCGUGACAAUCUCAUAAUGCAUGCUGACGUUUGCAGUCAAAUCAUGGAAUAUAUCACUAACGCCUUUUCAUUGGUUUAUCUUCUGAUAUUCAUUUGUCUCCUUUUCCUCUGGUGCUUUCUAGGAAAAUGACUGAAUGGAAAGGACCGCUGUCCAAAAGCAUGAUUUUUAAGAGGAACAUUGUUGCAUUGCAUAUAGGUGCCUGGAAAGAUGCAAUUGGCUAUUUUUAUACUGUGAAGACUGCUGUGCAGUAUUUUAACUUGUUUUUACCCACUUCCUGUUUAUCAAUAAAAUAUUUUUUAAACCCA